UGUCACAGUUUCGGUGCCUUAAAUUUCUCAGGAACCCCGUGAGAUAAGGCUCUUUUUAUCACACUUCUAUAAACAUUCUUUCAGGUGGCGAUCGAGCUCAGUGUUCUUGGAUCCUUCGGUCUCGAUUAAGAAAGGAAAAUGCCGAUCGAGAGGAGCAGCAGCGGCAGCAAAGCUCAUGUAGUUCUCUUCACUUUCCAAGGGAAGGGACAUAUCAAUCCCUUCAUGAAUCUGGCGAAGCAGCUCGCCAAGCUUGGGGUCUCGGUGACACUGCUCUUUCCUUCGAAGUCGGCUCUCGCUAUGGUCACUUCAUCGGCUAUUGAAGGCCUGGACAUAAAGUUGGCAACUCUUCCCACUCCGGACCUCCAGCUACCAGCGACGGUCACCAUGCCGGGCAUUCGCAAGUCUCAGACCAACAGCGUUCACUUUGACACUUUCGAGGGCCCUCUCCGGGAUUUCCUUUGGGAAAUGCUAGAAGAUCCUUCUACAGUUUCACCAUCGGCAGUAGUAGUCGAUCUUCUCUUUCCUUGGACGACAUCAGUGAUAGACGAGCUCCGGAUUCCCAGAUAUGUCCUCUACACAGCCGCGGCAUCACACUUGGCUAUCGGUUUGCACCUCAACGCGAACAAGGAAGGUAAAAGCUUGGAGACACUGGCUAUGGAGGCCGAGAAGGAAGGUGUCAUCAGAGUCCCCGGACUUCCACCGCUAAAGUGGAACGAGGUUUCCAAAGAGCACAAGGAUAAGAGUGACACCUUCUUCGCCGGGGGAGAAAGCUACAGGCGGUUUCUACUCGGCUGCAAAGGGAUUCUUCUCAACACUUGCUACGAGCUCGAAGGAAAGGUGAUCGACGCAGUGCGAGCCGUGUAUCCGGAGAUCAAGCUGUUUCCGGUUGGGCCUCUCAUUCCAGAACAUCUGCUCGAUCAGUCUCAGAUCAAAGCAAACGCUGAUAAGUUUCGCAAGUCGACGUUCCUCCAGAGUUCCCGCGAUCUUCAGUGCGAGGCGUGGCUCAACAAGCAGGAAAAAUCAUCAGUGCUCUACAUCAGCUUCGGGAGCUGGAUCGGAAUCGUGGAGAAGCAGAUGUCCGAGCUAGCUUUGGCUCUCGAGUCGAGCAAAAAGGCCUUUUUAUGGGUGCUCCCAGUCCCCGACCCCGAGGCCGAUACCGAGAAGUUCCUGGCGAGUGUUCUUCCGAAGGGAUUCCAGGAGAGGACCAGCGAGCGUGGGCUGAUCAUUCCGGAAUGGGCGCCGCAGCAUUUCAUCCUCUCGCAUCCAGCUGUGGGAGGAUUCCUGACACACUGCGGCUGGAAUUCGGUGACCGAGAGCAUAUCAGUAACGGGGGUGCCGCUCUUGUGCUGGCCAUUCGUCGCGGAUCAGCCAGCGAUUUGCCGGUUCGUGGUGGACGGCCUCCGGAUCGGCGUGGACAUCCGCGAGAACAGGGAGGGGAUCGCCGAGAGCGGGGAAAUCGAGCGCGCUGUGCGCGAGGUGAUGGAGAGCGAUGAUCUUCGCGAGAGAGCUCGAUCGCUCAAGAACAAGGUGAGAGAGAGCUUGGAUCACAGGGCCUUCCAGGUGUUUGUGGAAAGCUUGAAGAAAGAGUAGCAAGCAUUUAAAAUUUAAAGUUUGAAUUUAAACUGGAGGUUUCUUACCCUAAA